ACAUCCUCAUCAUCAUCAUUACCAUCACUGUCCCAAUCAGCAGCUCAUAGUAGCUCAAUGGCAACCACUACUGUCGACACCAUUACCAUCGAUGGUCAUAACCAUCAUCGCCCACACCAACAACAACAACAGUGUGGACCUAACUAUCAUAUCAGAUAUAUGACCGAAACGGAUGUACCCGAAGUGUUGCAAAUAUGGGGCGAUAAUAACCUACACGAAGGCACCCAUACUAUCCAGUCGUUUCUGAAGGUAGAUCCCGAAGGUUUUGUUGUCGCUGUCGAUGAUAGGACAGGCCAAGUGUUGGGUAUGUGUGCCGGCGUUUUCAUCAAUCCGGACACCGGUUUCAUUGGUCUAUACGGUGUCGACCCGGUCUACCAGAAACUGGGUAUCGGUUUGAAUAUGUGGCAAAAAAUUAUGGCCCAUAUCGGCGACCGUAAUGCCGGUUUGUAUGCCGUACCCGAACAUCUGGUCAUGUAUCGCGAUCGGGCCGGUUUCGCCCGGGAGGACAGCCGCCAAAUGGUACUAUACGAUGGCGAGUCGGUUCGGCUGCGAGAUCUGGUCAAAUCAAUGGACGGCAUACGUGUGGAACCGAUAGUCGGUGAUCAACUGGUCGAACGGGUAGUCGACUACGAUAACCGAGGUGUACACCGGUAUUCACGUAGUCGACUGUUACCCGGGGUAUUCCGUGAGCCCGAUUCGGUAGCACUGGUAGCGGUUGAUGAAUACGAUGAUCAAGUGGUUGGGUACGGGUGUAUGCGUACCAAUAAUAUUGGUAAAGCUAUGGCUGGGCCCGUAUACGCCAACAACGAUGCACUGGCCGAACUGUUGGUGUAUAGCCUGAUUGACCGGUUCCCGACCGCCCAGACCCGUGGCCUGUUGUUUAUGACUUUGGACUCUAACCCAGGUGGUAUACGUAUUGCCGAUAAACUGGGACUCGGUAAACAGGAACAGCUGCCCCGAUUUUUCAAUAAGUUUGUCUAUACCGAUGCCCAAUGGGACAGGGUCUAUUGUAUACAUUCACCAAAUUUUGCUAUAUUUUAA